GUGUCUUGAAGCAUCAUCGUGCAUCAGUGCAUGCAUUUUGUGCUUCCCAACUUCUCCUCUUCAUCCUCUCUCUCAAUCUCUACUUUAUUCCUCGGUUGCUUUGGGAGCACUCGUCUUCUCCGUUCAACUUUCCGAUUCCGAUCAGAGAUCCAGCUCUAAGAAUUGAGAUUGAGGAAUGGCUUCGAGGACUUGCAUGAAUGUGUCAUGCGGAGCAUCCUCUUCAACCGAAUGGAGGAAAGGUUGGGCUCUGCGAUCUGGCGAUUUUGCUACUCUCUGCGAUAAGUGCGGGUCUGCUUACGAGCAGUCAAUUUUCUGCGAUGUGUUCCAUUUAAAAGACUCUGGCUGGAGGGAGUGUACCUCAUGUGGCAAGAAUCUUCAUUGCGGAUGCAUUGCUUCCAAGUUCCUGAUGGAGCUUCAUGACAGUGGGGGGGUGAACUGUAUAAGCUGCGCUAAAGAUUUAGAGCUUCAUAUUACCGGUACUAGUGAAAAGCUGAAUGGGCUUGGCACACCACAAGUUCAGAAUUCUGGUGCUUUACAAACACUUUUAGUGGAAGAUGAUAACAGUGAUAGAAUAAGGCUCGUCCAGCAGGGAAACAAGGCAGAGGGAAAUGAACUUAGGGAAUCACUCCUAUUGCAAAGUAAUGACAAAACUGGAUCCUUAGUUCAAAUGAAACAUGAAGAAAAUAUUUCUCUGGUGAAAGAUGUUGGGUAUGUAUCUUCCUUGGAAUUCAAUCAGGUGACGACAAACGGGUUGAAUGAAACUGCCAAACAGGAAAUCUGCAAAGCAGAUAAUGGAACAAAGUUUACUUAUGAUUCUCUUGCUUUCGGAUGUGGUAACUCAAAUCCUCUUCCCGGUGUUUCUAGUGAUGAAAAAGAGGAUAGCAAGUCAUCCUCUCCUUUGCUUCUAGGUUCUAGAUCUCGUCAUCUUAUUCCGAAGCCCGCACGUGCAUUAUUUAAUGUAGGCUUAGAGCCAAAUGCUAGCAUGGUUUCACAAGUACGCGUAGCAAGGCCACCUGCUGAAGGGAGGGGGCGGAAUCAAUUGCUUCCUCGUUAUUGGCCCAGGAUUACUGACCAAGAACUGCAACAGAUAUCUGGAGCUUCAAAUUCCACUGUUGUGCCAUUGUUUGAAAAGAUGCUCAGUGCCAGUGAUGCUGGUCGGAUAGGCCGAUUAGUUGUCCCAAAAGCCUGUGCUGAAGCAUAUUUUCCUCCAAUCUCUCAGCCAGAAGGCCUUCCUAUAAGAAUUCAAGAUAUCAAAGGAAAAGAGUGGGUGUUUCAGUUCAGGUUUUGGCCCAAUAAUAACAGUAGAAUGUAUGUUUUGGAAGGUGUAACUCCCUGCAUACAGUCCAUGCAGCUACAAGCUGGAGAUACAGUGACUUUUAGCCGCAUGGAUCCUGAAGGCAAACUUAUUAUGGGAUUUCGCAAAGCAUCAAGCUCUUCUAUUAUGCAGGAUACUCAUCCAAAUGCUCUCUCUACUGCUGGUGGCCAUUCGAGUGAAUUCUUUUCAAGUGUUUUUGAAAAUCUUCCUAUGUUGAGUGGCCAUUCCAGCCUUCUACAGUCCUUGAAGGGCAAUAUGGAUCCCCAUCUCAAUUUAUUGCCUGGGUACUUCAAUCAACCUGGUGCUGAUAUGAGCUGGCAAAAAGCUGAGAAGCAUGAUGAUAAAUCAAGAGAGGGCUUGCUCCUGUCUUCAAUGCUUGCACCAGAGAGGAAAAGAACUCGAAAUAUAGGGUCUAAAAGUAAAAGGCUGCUCGUUGAUUGUCAGGAUGCGCUGGAGUUGAAACUCAAGUGGGAAGAGGUGCAGGAUUUGCUUCGUCCACCACCAACUGUCAAACCGAGCAAGUUUGUGAUUGAAGAUCAUGAGUUUGAAGAAUAUGAAGAACCUCCAGUUUUUGGAAAGAGGAGCAUUUUUUUGGUCCGCUCAAAUCGGGGGCAAGAGCAAUGGGCACAGUGUGAUGAUUGCUCUAAAUGGCGAAAAUUGCCAGUUGAUGUACUUCUGCCCUCCAAGUGGACAUGCGUGGAAAAUAUUUGGGAUCAAAGCAUGAGUUCAUGUUCUACACCUGAAGAACUGACAACAAGGGAACUGGAACAUAUUCUCAGAUUAAAUAAGGAAUUCAAGAGACAGAGAACUUUGGCUUUCAAUAGACCAAUCCAGGAUCAUGAAUCCUCUGGUCUGGAUGCUCUGGCAAAUGCUGCAACUUUAGGAGAUAAUGUCAGUGAUCCAGGUACUGCAUCAGUUGCAACUACAACAAGGCAUCCGAGGCACCGUCCUGGGUGCUCAUGCAUUGUGUGCAUCCAACCACCCAGUGGAAAGGGAAAGCACAAACCUACAUGCACAUGCAAUGUUUGUAUGACAGUUAAACGUAGAUUUAAAACUCUAAUGAUGCGCAAGAAGAAGCGGCAGUCUGAGCGUGAAGCUGAAAUUGCACAGAAGAAUCAGCUUAAGUGGGGCUCUAGAGAUGAAACUGAGUUGGACAACACCUCUAGACAUGUAUCCCUCAACCUCGGUCCUUCUGAAAAUGAAGCCCAACUGACAAAUGAAUCCAGAAGCCGAAGUAAUUUGGUCGAAACUGGUAAGGACCAAUUAGAUUUGAAUUGCCAUCCUGACCAGGAAAAUGAAGUACAAGGGGUGUCGAACCGAGUGAGCAUGAUGAGUCUCGUUCAAAUAGCAAGCCUGCCAUUGGAGACGUACUUGAAGCAGAAUGGUCUUACGAGUUUGUUACCGGAGCCACAGGUAAGUUUGGCAUCAUCACAUGCACCAGCACAAGGUGCAAAUGAGGUCGAAGGUGCGAUGAACGAUGAUGAUGGGUGUUUUGCUUCUUCUGCCCAAGACCAGGAAAGUGAGGGAGAAGAAAUCUGUGAAAAAGAUCAAAGUUGAAAUUCAAUCGUGGCUCUUGUUCAUGAUUAUUAAAUACUAAUAUGUUAAGUAUAGGAUAUUUAAUUUUAAUGUAAAUAGCAAAAAAGUUUAGUUCCUUUUUCUUCUGGCAAAAUGUAUAUAACUUUCUUGUGGUU